UUGCUGAAAAGCUGUUUCUUCUCGUCAUUUGAAUUCGGGCGGAGCUAAGGUUAUUAAGAAAAUUCCGAUGACGAGCGAGUCAGAAGAUGUCCUCCGCCGCCGUACAGCAUAUGCUGAGUUCCGGAAAAAGCUACUCCAGCAGAAGGAGUUAAAUGCUCGGGUAGAUGCAGUGAAAGAGAAUCUGCGUGGAGCCAAAAGGGAAUAUAAUAAAACAGAAGAUGAUUUGAAGUCGCUUCAGAGUGUUGGGCAGAUCAUAGGCGAAGUGCUCCGGCCUCUAGAUAACGAACGCUUGAUAGUUAAAGCCAGUAGCGGUCCAAGGUAUGUGGUUGGCUGUCGCAGUAAAGUGGAUAAGGAAAAACUGACUUCUGGUACUAGAGUGGUUCUCGAUAUGACGACUCUUACAAUCAUGAGGGCACUCCCACGUGAAGUUGAUCCUAUGGUGUAUAAUAUGCUUCAUGAAGAUCCUGGCAAUAUAAGCUACUCUGCUGUGGGUGGACUAUCAGAUCAGAUCAGAGAGCUGAGAGAAUCAAUAGAACUACCUCUGAUGAACCCUGAACUUUUCCUCCGUGUUGGAAUUAAGCCUCCAAAGGGUGUUCUUCUCUAUGGGCCUCCUGGGACUGGCAAGACCUUGUUAGCCAGGGCAAUUGCUAGCAACAUUGAUGCCAAUUUCUUAAAGGUAGUAUCAAGUGCCAUUAUUGAUAAAUACAUAGGUGAGAGUGCGAGAUUAAUCCGGGAAAUGUUUAACUAUGCUCGUGAUCAUCAACCUUGCAUCAUUUUCAUGGAUGAGAUUGAUGCAAUUGGUGGGCGUCGAUUUAGCGAGGGAACAAGUGCAGACCGUGAAAUUCAGAGAACGCUCAUGGAGUUGCUUAAUCAGUUGGAUGGAUUUGAUCAGCUUGGAAAGGUAAAAAUGAUUAUGGCAACAAACAGGCCAGAUGUUUUGGACCCAGCUCUUCUUCGUCCUGGUCGGUUAGAUAGAAAGAUAGAAAUACCCUUGCCUAAUGAACAAUCAAGAUUGGAGAUCCUCAAGAUUCAUGCUGCAGGAAUUGCCAAACAUGGUGACAUUGAUUAUGAAGCUGUUGUUAAGCUUGCUGAGGGUUUUAAUGGGGCUGAUCUUCGAAAUGUGUGCACUGAAGCUGGUAUGUCAGCAAUACGGGCAGAGCGUGAUUAUGUCAUCCAUGAGGAUUUCAUGAAGGCUGUAAGGAAACUGAAUGAAGCAAAGAAACUUGAAUCAAGUGCCCAUUAUAGUGCUGAUUUUGGCAAGGAGUGAGGGAUUUCUGCCAUUCUGUGAUAUAACCAACCCCAAGGAGCUAUUGGACAGUUCCACAAUCUGUGUCUGGCUACUUGCUUUACGAUUGUAGUUCCAUAUACUUGUAUUGCCCAUCUUCAGGAAUUAUGUAAAGCAUGUUUUAAGAGAGCAUUCGGCACGUGGUCAAAUGUUUUGUUCAGUGCAGAUGCUUUGUCUCGGACUUUUUUUCCUUUGUACUUUGUCAUGGAUGGUAAGGUGAAAGAUUGGUCAGAAGAUAUGAUAUAAUUUGCUCAAUUUGCAGUUGGUGCGAUUGAAUUCUGAAACCAUGUUAGAUAUUUCAUAUAACAGAGACCUUUCGCUUGAUUUUCAUAUAGCAAAUGUGCGAGGAGAAAUUUUAC